UUGUCUAUAAAUCUGCCAACUCUGCUCCACUGGUUACCUCCCCGGCCCCUUUUUUCCUUACAUAUUCUGCCUUGGAGAUCGGAAAGACCUCCAAAAAGAAAUAUUAAACUAAGAGGUUCUUUGUAUGCUGAGUGGCACUACAUGUGCUUUGGAAUCCCAUAGUUUUCCUUCAUAUACUAUUAACCCCACCGUCCAUCCCUUAUUCCAUCUCACUCUCUUCUAUAUAAAACCUACUCUACUACUGCUUAACCAAGUACCUGACUUAGUUAUUUAAGUUAAUUUAUAGAGGAAAUGGGUGAGGAAACUAAGCAGGAACAACCGCCGGUAGAGGCUCAACCAGAGGAGAAAAAGGAUGAGAAGGCAGAAGAGAAGGCAACAGAAGAAAAGAAAGGGGAACCACCGGCACCCACCCCUCCGCCUCCUCCUUUUAUCUUGUUAGUGGACUUGCAUUGUGUGGGAUGUGCAAAGAAGAUUGAGAAAUCCAUCAUGAAGAUUAGAGGUGUGGAAGGAGUGGAGAUCGACAUGGCUCAAAACCAAGUGACAAUAAAGGGAAUAAUUGAGCCUCAAACAAUAUGUGCUAAGAUCAUGAAGAAAACCAAGAGAAGAGCUAAAGUACUGUCUCCUUUGCCACCAGCUGAGGGUGAACCUAUACCAGAAGUUGUCACUUCACAGGUUAGUGGAUUAGCAACCGUGGAGCUUAAUGUAGACAUGCAUUGCCAAGCCUGUGCUGACCAGCUCAAGAAAAAGAUACUAAAAAUGAGAGGCGUACAGACUGCCGUAACAGAGCAUAGCACAGGAAAAGUUACAGUGACGGGCACCAUGGAUGCAAACAAGCUAGUGGAUUAUGUAUAUAGACGCACGAAAAAACAGGCAAGGAUCGUGCCUCAACCAGAGCCUGAGCCUCAACCUGAGCCAGAGAAACAAGAAGAAAAGAAAGAGGGCGAAGAGAAGCCGACCGAAGAAGCCAAACCUGAAGAAAACGCAGAGAAAAAAGAAGAAAAGUCCUCUGAAGAAGGUGAAAACAAAGAAGAAGGGAAGAAAGAAGGAUCUGCAGAAGCAGAGGAAAAUAGUGGCAAUCAUGGUAACGAGGAGGAAACCAUGAAGAGAAUGAUUUACUAUUACCAGCCCCUUUACGUUAUCGAGCAAAUGCCGCCUGCUCCUCAGCUUUUUAGCGAUGAAAAUCCCAACGCUUGUUGCAUUUCGUGAUGAUUUAUCAUUACGACAAACUUCUUUUUCUACCUGUAGAUUAUUUCAAUUUUACUAUAAGGUUGAGAAGUAUACAGAUAACUAGUAUAUAUAAUUAAUGUUCAGUCCUUACCACUGGAGAUGAGAGUUUUAGAGAAAUCUGGUGGACGGUUCUCACAUGAUCAAUCAGGGAAUGUGGGAAAGUGGGAUCAUUUGUACGACUGGGUUGAUUAAUUACUUGACCAUUCUGUACGAAAGGCAUACUCAUAAUAGUUUAUUCCAUUA